UUCUACCGAAGCGGUAAAUCUCAAACGAUACGAAACCGAGGCUUGAUUGGACUCCUAAACAUAGAAACUGCAGUACAGGUAGUAAGUGUGUAUAUUGCAUGAAAUUCUACAAAUUAAUCAUGUGUACGGACUAAAACAAGGAUAUAAGAUGGAUUUGGACGAAAAGUUAAAUUGUGUUUUAUCUAUCUGAUACGAUAUGAUAUGAAUUUCAACAAACGUCAACUGAAAACGCAGGUGUGAUUUUUUUCACAGGUAAAUUAUAGAAGUGACAAUGUUGUAUACCGUUGUAAUUGAAUAAUGGGGUCUCGUGUGACGGACUUGUUUUACACCCAAGCAACAAAUAUCUAAAAGCAUGUUGUGAAAAAUACUAAACUGUGAAACAAUUAUAUCUUCAUUCAUAUUAUAUGGGAUUUCAAAUGGAGAAUUUUAAAAUAACUACCAAUAUUCGAAUAACCAUGUAAGAAAUUAUUUUAUUUUUUAAAUACUGAUAUGGAAUAAAUUGUAACGAAAUUUAUUCUGCCAUAAAACAGCAAAAUAUUUUAAAUCAAAAUGGUGAGGUUCAAGAUUUGUGCAAUGGCACAGAAAAUAUCAGAUAAUCUGUUAUUAACAUUUUUAGCCAGUUUUAUUUUGUUAAAUCAUUUCUGUUAUGGAGAAUCAAGCCAGUAUUUAAGUGUACGAGAAGAACAACCUCCAAAUGUUUAUGUUGGUAAAAUUGGAGAUGGAAUGGCAAAUGCUGUGCCUCCUUUUGAAACUUUUGAAGAAACACAAGAUUUUAAUAUAGACAAAAAUACUGGUGAAAUAAGAACUAGUAAAUCGUUAGAUAGAGAAACAAAAGAGAAUUAUGCACUUGUGUUUUUAAGUGCAUCACAGGAAAUAAUUCAGGUUUAUAUAAAUGUCACAGAUAUGAAUGAUCAUGCACCAUAUUUUCCAAAUGGCAGCAAAUCCUUAAGUCUUUCAGAAACUACUCCCCGUGGAACUAAAGUCAUCAUUGGAAGUGUUGUAGAUCGUGAUAUAGGACAAAAUGGAAUUCAAGAUGCUGUCAUUAUAAGUGGAAAUGAAGACGAUCAUUUUAUUUUGCGGAAAAAGAUGUCAGGUAAUAGCUGGCUGAAUUUAGAACUUGAAACUAAAGGUGUUCUUGAUUUUGAAACAAAGCCUGUUUACAACUUAGUCAUUCGUGUAACUGACGGAGGUGACCCUCCAAAAUCAGGGGAUGUCCGCGUUACUGUCAUCAUAAUUGAUGCAAAUGACAACCCACCACAGUUCAUCCACACCAAAUAUUCUAUACGAGUCAACGAAAGUAUAGCAGUCGGAACAAGUAUUGCAAAAGUAGAGGCAACAGACCAAGACUCAGAGGAAAAUGCAAGAAUCACCUACACACUAGAUCAUCGUCUUAACCCUGAGGAACAUUUCGCCGUAGAUCUAGUAACUGGUAUUGUACGUGUUAAUAAACCUUUAGAUUAUGAAACUACACAGAAAUACGAAUUAUCUGUGUUAGCAACAGAUAAUGGUUCCCAACCUCUCUCAUCUUCAGCAAGGAUAGAGGUUAUUGUUGAAAAUAUCAACGAAAAACCUGCUACAAUCAAUCUUGUAUUUUUAACUACCUCAAACCAAUCAGCAAAAAUAGCUGAAAAUGCUACGUAUGGUACUCUGGUUGUUAGAAUAUCAGUUAGUGACCCUGACCAUCCAAAUGAAUAUUUUUCAAACAUCAAUGUUUCAUUGCAAGGGGACCUUGGACAUUUCGGAUUAAAAACAGAUGACAGAGUCAUUUACUAUAUUUAUGUUAAACAUUAUUUAGACAGAGAAACUGUUUCAAAAUAUGAUUUAAACAUAAUAGCUGUAGAUUCAGGGAACCAGCCACUUCAUGCCUCAUCUUCCUUUACUCUCUGGGUGGAAGAUGUGAAUGACAAUGGACCAAUCUUUACACAAUCCCAGUACCUAGCAGAGAUUUCCGAACAAUCAGCUGUUGGCACACCUGUCACUAAAGUCAGCGCCUCUGAUAAAGAUGAAGGUCUAAAUGCUAAAGUAACUUAUAAAAUUUUAGACACACCCGAUAGUAACUCUGACUGGUUUAAAAUUGAUAGUAACACUGGAUUUAUUUCUACGCGUGUGGAUAAAACCGAUUGUGAAUUAAAUGCAUUACCAAGGAUUGCUGUUGUUGCAACGGAUUCAGGUGUCCCUCCAUAUUCCUCAACAGCAGUUGUCCUGGUGACGAUCAAAGAUGUGAACGAUAUGGAACCAGAGUUUCACCAGUCUUUUUACAAGACGUCAGUCAAAGAAAAUGCUGCACAAGGAUUUUGCUUUCUACAGGUGUCUGCCUAUGAUCCCGACUGCAAUGUAAACUCCCAUGUCUCCUAUCAUCUGGCUAACAUGUCACACUCCAGUAUUGAUGUGUUUAAUAUCGGACCUACCUCUGGACGAUUGUGUGUAGCCAAGACACUGGACUAUGAAACACAGAAGAUCUAUGAGUUUCCUGUUUAUGCUACUGACAGUGGUGGAUUAGAUAGUUCUGUAAUCGUCAGCAUCACCAUUGAGGAUGUUAAUGACAAUCAUCCACUGUUUUAUCCACUAAACUACAGUACAAAUGUCAAUGUCAACUUACGGCCAGGACAAGACAUCAUCACAGUUCAGGCUAGAGACGAAGACAGCGGUAACUUCAGUGCUAUACAGUAUAGCAUAGCAGGUGGAAAUGAUGACAAUCUCUUCUCUGUAGACAGGUACUCAGGCAAGGUGACCUUGACAAAUGCUCUGCCACAGAUAGAGAAGGUCUACAUCCUACAAAUCAGCGCCCUUGAUGGUGGUGGUCUCAGUGCUUCACAGCCAGCUACCAUAAAUAUCACUGUAACGGGGGCUAAUUCCCAUCCACCUGUGUUUGGCCAGGCAACCUAUAGAUUCUCUGUAGAGGAGAAUGUACCAAGUGGCACCACUGUCGGCAGUGUAUUAGCCACUGUACCUUCAGCAGGAAACAAUCCCGAUAUUUUAUAUAAAAUUACAUUUGGUAACAUCAAUAAUUUCUUCACGAUUAAUCAACAGACAGGGGAGAUAAGAACAAGAGUUUCUGGACUACAGCAUCAUCUGUAUCCAUCUGUUCUGUUAGAAGUCAAGGCUGAGGCUGGGAUCCUUCCUGUUUACGGUUCUGCACAGGUGAAUAUUACAAUCUCAGAUGUGAACGACCAUGCACCACAGUUUAUCAGCACAUCAAUUGAAAUCACUGUGUUUGAAGAUCAGGAUCUCACAACCACAAUCUACAUGGCCCAUGCCACUGAUGACGACAGUGGACCAAACGGAACAGUCCAUUAUGGACUCGCAGUGAAUCCUGAAAACACUUUCGCAAUCAAUACCAUCAGUGGUGAGAUCAGAUUACGUACAGCAUUGGAUUAUGAAAAUAAAACAGAAUAUGUGAUAAUUGUCAAUGCUUUUGACCAGGGAAUACCCUCUUUGAGUUCAAAUUUAACACUGAAGGUCAAAGUUUCUAAUGUCAACGACAAUCCACCAAUUUUCACGAAAUUGGAAUAUUUACAAGAUGUGAAAGAAACAACCGCAAUGGAUACAGGAAUUUUAGAAGUUACUGCUAUGGAUGCUGACAACGAUCAGGUGACAUACACUUUAUUAAAUGAGGAUUCUGGGAUGUUUGGAAUUCACGGUGGAAGUGGACAAAGUGGGUACAUUUACCUUCGGUCUGAGUUAGAUCGUGAAACAAGGGAUACUUAUACAUUUACCGUACAGGCAAGAGACAACGGUAAACAAAAAAUUCGUUCUGCAACAGCUAAAGUCAAAAUUACUGUUACCGAUGCUAAUGAUAACAAUCCUAUAUUUUCACAGUCUGCCUAUGUGUUUAAAAUACAAGAAAAUAAUGGUGGUUCCACUGUAGUAGGCAAGGUCACAGCAACUGAUAGAGAUAUAGGUAAUAAUUCAAAACUGGAAUAUUCUAUUAUUGACCAGGUCAGUGAUUUUAGCAUUAAUCCGUUUCUUGGUGAGAUAUCCACCACUAAAACACUAGACAGAGAAUCUCUUAAAGAUAAAGAUUAUCAGCUUAAAUUUUCUGUACAAGUAGCGGAUCAUGGCAAUCCACCAAGAAGUCAUAUCUCCCAUGUAACUGUAAAGGUUGAAGAUGUCAACGAUAAUCCGCCAAAGAUCCUGAACCAACUGCCAUUGGAAGAGUUUGUAGACGAGAACAGAAUGAAAGGAACAGUUGUGAUCAAGAUUCUAGCUGAUGAUCCAGAUAAUGCUGAGAAUGGAACUGUUAUGUUCAUGUUUGAUCCAGCUAGUGACCAGGAGUCAUUGAGAAACUUUGAAAUCCAUCCGACAACAGGAUUGAUAACCACAGCUGAAGUAUUGGACUAUGAGAGCAGAAUGGUAUACAUGUUAAAGAUCAUAGCUAGAGACAAUGGAACUCCCCAAAGAGAAAACAAAACAGAUAUAACUAUUCGUGUCAGAGAUGAUAAUGAUGAAACACCAAUUUUCCCGAGUGAAAAUAAAACUUUCGAAAUUUUGGAAAACACACCUGUGGGUUCUGUGAUUGCCACCGUGAAGGCUUUUGACAAAGAUUCCGGUGAAAAUGGAAGAGUUUCGUAUUACUUGGUUGAAGGUAACGUUUUUGGCUUAUUCUCUGUAAAUAUUUCCACCGGAGAGAUCUAUUGUGUAAGAGAGAUCGACUAUGAAGAAUCCUCCUCCCAUACUAUUGGGAUCAAAGCUAUUGAUAAUGGAAUUUAUAACCCUAAAAGUUCUGUCAUUAGUGUUUUGAUUAAAGUGAUCGAUUUGAAUGACAACCCACCAGAGUUCGAAUUCGAUCCCGUUGUAAUGAAAAAGAGAGAAAACUUGCCUGUGGGGCAAAUUGUUUAUCAAUUUACGGCUACGGAUAGUGAUUCUGGUGACAACGGAACAGUCUAUUAUUCCUUGAAAGAUCAAAAUCAAAAUUUAGACCUGCUCGAACUAGAAAGCAUGACUGGAACACUGAGGGUAAAGAAAAAUAUUGAUUAUGAAACUGUCCACCAAAUUUCAAUGGUUGUUGAAGCUCAUGAUGGCUGCCCAACUGAUGGAUGUCGGGAAAAGACAGCAGUCUCAGUCUGGUUAUUUAUUGAAGAUGAAAAUGACAACAGUCCGAUAUUCAAUUCCUAUGCACCAAUCAACAUCAAGGAAAAUGAAGCUGUAGGAUAUAGGAUUAUUUAUGUUGUGGCUACCGACCUUGACAGUGGAAUCAAUGGUCAUGUGAUGUACAGCAUUGCUGGGGGUAAUGAUGAAGGGAAAUUUCAAAUUAACUCUCAAUCAGGACUUCUCUCAAUUCAGUCUGCCCUAGACAGGGAAGAGAAAUCUCAAUACAUAUUAAAUCUGAUGGCCAGAGAUGAAGGGGUGACACCAAGGACAGCAUACACCAGUCUCACUAUCAAGGUCGUUGAUGUCAAUGACAACAAGCCUGUGUUCCACAAGUCAACCUACAGUGGUGUGGUUACAGAAAAUAAUGGCGGAGGAGAUUUUAUACUUGUCAUCAGUGCUACAGAUCAGGAUACAGGAGAUAACAGCAAAUUGACAUAUUCUUUACCAAAGGGUGUGGCAAAUGACAGAUUUGUACUGGAUCCCAACACUGGACAUUUAACAGCAACUGGUACCCUUGAUAGAGAAGAACAGAGCUCAUAUGUACUUACAGCUUUUGUACAAGACCAUGGCAAUCCUUCUCUGUAUGAAACAACCACUAUCAUCAUUAACAUUCAGGACCAGAAUGACAACUCACCAGUGUUUGAAGAGUCACAGAUUACGAUAGAUAUUCCAGAGAAUGCUGGUCAACAGAACUUGCAGAAGAUACUGGCCCAUGAUAAAGACGAUGGAGACAAUGGCAAAAUAUUCUAUACUAUAGAUGCUGGAAACACAGGUAAUGCUUUUGAAAUAGAUAGUGAGACAGGAGAACUUACCUGUAAUUCUCUAGACAGGGAAUCAGUUUCUAGAUACAACUUAACCAUUGGUGCCCGUGACCAGGGACAAACAAGUCGUAAAGCCACCUGCUUGGUCAUAGUACAUGUGCUUGAUGUGAAUGAUAAUGCCCCUUCUUUUGCCAAGGACAGUUACGGCCAUAAUAUUCCAGAAGAUAUUGCUGUAGGGUCAACAGUUAUAUUGGUGUCGGCCAUGGAUUAUGACCAAGGAGACAAUGCCAAGGUCACUUAUUCACUUGGUAACGAUACAGAGGGACAGUUCCAGAUAAACAGUGUUUCAGGGGAGAUAAUCACAAGUCGUUUAUUUGAUCAUGAGAGAAAGUCAUCUUACACUUUCAAUGUUGUUGCUAAAGAUAGUGGAGGAAACAAAUUCAGUUCUACUGUUGUGGUCACCAUAACAAUUGAUGACAUAAACGACAAUGCUCCCGUCUUUACACUGUUCCCAUACAGUAAAAACAUAGCCAGUGGUAGCUUAACCAAUUCUUUGGUGACGACAGUAACAGCAAGAGACGCAGACUCUGGAGAUAAUGGGCGUGUAACAUACAGCUUAAUACAGAAUACAAACUAUUUCCGCAUCACUGCAGAUACAGGGAAUAUCUUCAUCAAUGCUAAUUUACCAAGUGAUAGGAAAUUAUACAACCUCAAAGUAUUAGCUAGGGAUUCUGGUAGCACAAGAAAAUCGUCAACAGGAGUUGUGCUUGUGACAGUUGGUAGUCCAAGUACAUCAGGCCUGAGGUUCAAACAACAACAGUAUACUACUUCAAUGAAUGAACAUUCUCCACAAACCAGUGAGGUACAAACAGUAGAGGCUGAACAUUACGAAGGAGGCUUAGGAGGAACUAUUACCUACAGUAUAGUCAGUGGAAAUGAGGAGCAAACGUUUAGUAUCAACUCUCAAGGUGUGAUCUCUGUCAAAAAUCCACAGACAUUAGAUUAUGAAAAGGAGAGAAGAAUGGAGGUUGUUGCAUCUGCCACUGAUGGUAUACUGUAUGCUUACACCACUGUGUGGGUUGAGCUCAUAGACAAAAAUGAUAACAGUCCACAGUUUGCACAGAACCAGUAUUAUGCCUCCGUACAGGAGCACUCCAGUACGGGUGCCUAUGUCACACAGGUGCUGGCUACUGAUUUAGAUGAUGGAAGAAAUGCAAACAUAACAUAUAAUAUCAUAAAUGGAAAUGUUCGUGAGGCUUUCACAAUAGAACCCAUCUACAGUGGCAUUGUCAAGGUCAAAUUUCCAGUAGAUUACGAGAUCAAAAAGAAAUAUGAGCUAACAAUCGAGGCUAAAGAUGGAGGGAUUUCUCCCAGGUCAAGUGAAUGUCGGCUCACAAUAGAUAUAACUGACAUCAAUGAUCAACCUCCAAACUUUCCACUGACAAAGCCAAUAAAUGUUUCUGAAGGUACAGCAGUUGGAACGUUUGUCGCCAUGGUAACAGCCAAUGAUAGAGAUAACCCAGUACUACAAUAUGAUUUUACUCGUCAAGGAAAUCCAGGGAAUACCUUCACUAUGGAUAGAUUUAGUGGAAGGAUCCGAUUGGCUAAACAACUUGACCAUGAAUCUAGGAAACAUUAUGCUUUAGAACUAGUGGUGACAGAUAGGCCCAACAGAGAUCCCCCGAUUUCCACCACGUUAGAAAUUAAUGUUACUGAUGAAAACGACAACAAUCCUGUUUUUACUCAAUCUAGCUAUCAUGCAACUCUAGCAGAGUUAUCAGCAGUUGGAACUGUUCUCUCUGUAGAUAUUAAUGCUACAGAUGCUGAUUCCGGGACAAAUGCUCAGAUAGUGUAUAGCAUCCUCAAUGAUGAUACGGCUUCAUUCUCUAUUAACCCUCAGUCAGGUCAGAUGAAAACUACUCAGGAGAUUGUAUUUAAUUCAGCCAAUCAAAUCAUUACUGUGACUGUUAAGGCUCAGGAUUCUGGUUCCCCUCCAAGGUCAUCAACUGUAGCUGUCAAGGUCAACAUCACACAAGUCAAUCAAAGUCCUCCUGUAUUUGAAUCCUCUAAUUACACGUCAGUUGUGAGUGAAUCAGAAAGAACUGGUUAUUCAGUGCUUCAAGUUGGAAUCAGUGGAUCAGGUCAUAUAAUUGAUUAUUCAAUUGUCAGAAGUCUAGACAACAAAUUCCGUAUCAACCAGAAAACAGGAAUUAUAUCUGUUAACGGGGAUUUGGACAGAGAGAAAAAGGACAAAUAUACUCUCCAAAUAUCAGCCGUCGUCAGAGGUUCACCACCUCAAACCACUUCUACAAAUGUCAAUAUUUUCAUCGGAGACGUGAAUGAUAUUGUACCCCAGUUCUCACAAGCCGAUUACGGUAUUACUUUACCAGAAGAUUACAAUACAGGACAAGUGUUUAUGUCUGUCUCUGCAAAAGACACUGACGCAGGAUCAAAUGCUGAAAUAUCAUAUUCUAUAACUUCAGGAAAUGAUGAUGGGAUUUUUGAAAUAAACCCUGAUAAUGGAAACUUAAAUAUAGGGUCACCUUUAGAUUACGAAACAAGGACAUCUCAUAAAUUAGUUAUAUGUGCUAAAGAUUGCAAACAAUGUACAAAUAGUAUCAGGCUCUCUGGAUAUGCCUCAGUCCAAAUAAAUGUCACUGAUAUCAACGAUAAUGGACCUCAUUUUCCGCAACCGUUUUAUUUCCUCACCGUUAAAGAAAAAGAACCAAACAUGACAUUGGUGGGAGAGGUUCAUGCUAAUGAUAUUGAUGCUGGUCAUUUUGGAAUUUUGACCUAUCAGAUUGAUUCUGACAAAAAUCAUGAUCAGUUUUUUCAUGUUGAUCCAAAAAAUGGAAAUAUUUAUACUAAGAGAAAUUUUGAUUACGAAAAUCUUCCUUUUCUUCAAACAGGAAGUCAUAAUUAUGAACUUACCAUUAUAGCUACGGAUGUUGGAGGUCGAUACACAUCUGCUCCUGUUGUCAUUAAAAUAGCUGAUGUGGAUGAAUUUUCACCAGAAUUUUUCUCUGACAAGUUUGUUUUUUCUGUCCCUGGGAAUGCUAAGCCGAAUACAGUGAUUGGUCAAGUUAACGCUACAGAUAAAGAUGGGGGUGAUGCUGGUAGGAUUUUCUACACGUUAAGUGAAAACAAUGACAAUCUAGACUAUUUUGGAAUCAAUAUGACAACAGGACUUGUCUAUGUUAAACUUGGAUUUAACGAUAAUCCUCAAAACCGGAGGAAAAGAUCAGUUGGUUUAGAUUUACGUCAGAAACGGUCAUUGGAUAGUGAUUUAGUAACUUUAGUAGUCAAAGCAAGUUCUGCUGUUGAAGAUGCUAAAAAGACUACAGCAGUUUUAGAAAUACAAAUUGAUCAAAGUUGUUCUGGAUGUACACUUCUUCCUCAGACUCAGCCAGAAGAAGGGGUAUCUACCACUGUUAUUAUAAUCAUAGUUUUAGUGAUAAUAGUGAUCAUAUCAUUGAUAAUAGUUGUUCUUGUUGUAGUGCGUUAUAGAAGCAGGAAAGUGCCUCCUGUAGCUCAAGUUUAUGAGGGAGAUUUUAACGAUGCUUUUGAUUUUCCUGCCUCUUCUCCAAAGGCUAGAGAGGCUUACAACUACAAGGAACACAUGACUACGACACCAGCUGUUUCUGAACAAUCUCAUCACUCUGCUUCAAGUGGGCGUGGCUCCGUGGAAGCAGAUGAGGAUGAUGAAGUUAUGAUGAUUAAUUCACAGUCAGUUCUGAAUUCAUCAAGUGGAUAUCGUAGUAAAAAUAUGCCAGACUCUGGUCUACCAGAUGAUGACAAUUUAUCAGAACCUUCGGUUCAAAAUUCUAAAGACUAUUUAGCCAAACUUGGCAUAGACACAACUAUAACUAAUAAAAAAUCAAAACAUAAUAUGCAACCCAUGGGAAAUUAUUGUGAUGAAGGAGGUGGGGACAAUGAAAGUAUUAAUAUUUCUGAAAUAGACUAUAGCAAAUUUGGUCCAAUUAAUGAUAUAAGCUAUAGUGAUGGUGGUAAAGACAUGGGUUUCCAUGAAAUUGAACCUCAACAUGAGGGAACAGUAUCUAAUGUGAUAAACAGUGAAGAAGAAUACUCAGGUUCUUAUAACUGGGACUAUUUGUUGAAUUGGGGACCACAGUAUCAACCAUUAGCUCAUGUUUUUGUUGAAAUCGCACGAUUAAAAGACGAUUCUAUUCAACCAAAAAAACAACCAGUGCAAACAGUGCCUCAGAGAAAUAUAAACUCUUCAUUAAAUCCUCAGGUGAAAAUGGUGCCACCGCCAAUCAUUACAAAUGCUCCGCCCACCUCUGUUCCUCAGCCUAUCAGAUCUAGUCAUGGUUCAAGCAAAUCGAAACGGACUAACAAUAACAUGACUACAUCUUUUCAAAAUAUGCCUCGUUCUCCUAUAGCACACGAAUCAAGUUUUACCUCCCCUGCAUUAACUCCGUCAUUUACACCAUCGCUGUCUCCGUUAGCAACAAGGAGUCCGGAGCCAUCUUAUAAUGGACAAAACAUGCAAAACAUGGUACAUUCUCAUCAAAAUACAAAUCGUGGUAUGCAAAAUAGAGGUCGUCACCAUGGCAGUGGACAGGUUAUAUUGUCACAUGAUCCGGAGGAGGAAUUAAGGAUUUAAAAUAUAAUGUAAUUUUAAAUUAGUUGUUGAAAUAUUUGUUCUAACUAAUUUUUUUUAUCUAUGGGUUUAUGAUUACUUACAAAAAUAUGCAAUUUUUUUUACAUGUUGAACAAUUUCUAGAUAUUUUUAUACCAAUUUUUAUGUAGUUUUUUAUUAAACCAACAAAAAUCAUUUCAUAUUUUAAUGAUCAAAAUUUGAAUUUUGUAGAACCUUCAGUCAUGAUUCAUACACAAAGUAAGGGAAACAAUAAGCAAUAUGCUAUAGUCCUUGUAUUUUUUGUUUUCUUCCUUUAAAAGGAUGAUAUUUUUUCAUUUGUGUUAGAUUUCAUGUAAAUAUUUAGGGACAUUAAUGUGCCAAAGGUUCAAUUUAAAUGUCAUAAACUAUACUUACAAUAAAUAUGCUUAAUUUUACCUUACUUAGGCAUGUUACAUUAAAAUAGGUCAAACUAUCAUAUCUUUGAUCAGACUAAGUGCAAUUGACUCCAUUAAACUCAUAUAAAAAAGAUCUGGAUAUUUAUAAAAUUUUACAAGAAUUCUCUACUAUUUAGCUUUAUUAAGUUCUCUUAUAUUUAUUUUCUUUAUUCUGAUUAGCUUUACUAUAUUUUGUUGUCAUUUUAAAUUAAUUUGUUGAUUUGUUUUUUUGCCAAACAGUGACAUUUUGUUCCUUUUAUUAUUAUUGCACAUUCAAUUUUAUGAAAUAUUUUCUUAUUAAUUGGUUUGUUUUAUAAUGAACUUAAAACAUUUUCUAAAUGAUUGGUCACAUUUAGAUUAAAACAUAUAUACUCAACAACAAAUAAAAGGUAUCAUUUAAAGUUACUGGUAAAACCAUGGGGGGAAUAACAAUAUAAACUUUAAAUACUAGAAAUAUUUCAUUGAAAAGUUCAAUUCAUUUUUGAAUUUUAUAGAUUUCUUAAUUUUACACAAAAAAAGAAAAGUGUAAAAUUUGUUGUUGAUACUUGCAUUAUUUAUUGAAGUCAAAAGAUUUUAAACCAAAUAUUUUAGUGGUAUAACAUGGAUUAGAUUCUAUUUAGCUUUAUUUUUAUGAUUUUGUUAUGUUACAGUUGUUGCAUUUACUAAUUGCAAUGUCAACUUUCAUAUUUCAUGAUAUUUAUACACAUAAAAAUAAUUGUUCAAAUAUGUUUGUUAUUAACUUUAAAAGUGCAUAUGGGAGGUAACUCCAAUUUCCAUGGGAGAUAAUUCCAGUCAUAUCAUACAAUCAUUCAUUGUAUAUAUUAUUCAUUAAAUCAUGAUAUGUCAUACCAAAUAUUAUAUUUUUUAAUAAAAGAAAAAAGAUGAAUUAAUAACUUUA